CUAAUAUAUAAGCAUCACUUGUAUAAAUUUACUUCAAGUAUUGCUCAAAAGCAUAAACAAUGCAUGAAAAGACUAUAACAAACUGUUUGUAGUCAUUCAACUGUUCCAGUAGUUCAAACAUUUUGAAAGAAACAAAAAUUUGGCACUCUUGCACUUACGCCCAAUAAAAUGGCCCCACUGCCAUCGUCUUUAAUUUUCUAUUUUUCAGCCAUGGAGAACUCAAAUGUGUUUGGUCUUCGACAUCAGGCACGAUGCUUAACUUCAGUGAAAAAGAGUACAGAAAAGAGCAAGUUUCUUGCGGGAACAGUGGGCGCAAAAGAGAAUGUUGUAUGUUUGCUAGAAUAUGAUGAUGACAACGCAUUAUUGUCUUCCUUUAUGUUUCAACAUCCACAAGAAGUAUGGGACAUUGCGUCAUGUCCCAAUGACGAAGACGUGUUUUUUACUUGUCACAGUUCAGUAUGCGAGAGUCCAUUAAAAUCAAAGGCUACUCUAUGGCGUAAACCAAGCGUAUCUAUUGAGAAUCAGCAGCAGGAAUUGAUACCCUUGAUGACAUUAGACUAUGAAGGAGCAAAAAAAGUUGUCUGGAGUAAUGAAGAGGGAGAUCAGCAAGCUGCGUGUAUUGACUCAACGCAAAUUCAUCUUUUUUCUACCGAGAAUGCAAAGACUUUGCGUACAAUAGAUGCUUCAUCCAUGUUUUCAGCAGGCUCUGAUGCACCUUCGCUCAAGCUACUUCAAAAUGCUGUAUGGAACCCACAUGAUCCGCAGAUAAUAGCUGUUGGUGGCAACUGUGUAGCUGGAUGGGAUAUAAGGUCUGGGCAGAAUAGCUUUAAAAUAUUAAAUGCGCAUCAAAGUACUGUUCGUGCAGUAGAUUACAACCCGAACAAACGUCAUCAUUUAGCUACCGGUAGUGAUGAUGCCCUCGUUCACUUGUGGGAUGUGAGACAGUUAGAAAAGCCCUUGAUGACGCUUGAAGGAAAUAGUCAUUGGAUAUGGUCGGUAGCAUUCAAUCCUCUGCAAGACCAACUGCUACUAGCAUCAGGCUCGGAUGGCCUUGUUCACUUACAUAAUGUGUAUUCUAUAUCUUCGGCUGCUACUAUGGAAGAAGAAGAGGAAGAAAUAGGGCAAAAACCUUCCGAUGGAUUGAUUUGUACUUAUGAUCAACAUGAAGAUAGUAUAUAUAGUGCAGUAUGGAGUUUUGCUGACACUUGGACAUUUGCUUCGAUUUCAUACGCAGGUAGAGUAGUUAUUAGCCAAGUGCCGUCCGAAGAGAAAUUCAAGAUCCUUGGCGUAUAAAUGAAUAAAAAACAUACCCGGCUAUUUAUAAUAUGUGAAAACAAGAAGUUGAUCAAUCUGAAAACAUUGACAGAGGGCGGAGGGCUAUGAUUUAAAUAAAAGAGUCUCUUUUUUGCAUUUGUAAUAAUAUAAAGAGAGGGUGGGAAGCUCCGGCUUGAGCGAAGCCAAAAGUAAGCGAGCUUCC